AUGCUUCGCACCGUCCUGGAUGCUCCUCAGCGGUUGCUGGAGGAAGGCAGAGGGUCCCGGCAGCUGGUGCUUGUGGUGGUGUUUGUUGCCCUGCUUCUGGACAACAUGCUGCUUACUGUGGUGGUGCCCAUUGUGCCCACCUUCCUGUAUGCCACGGAGUUCAAAGAGGUCAACUCUUCUGGGCAUGCCAGCCUCUCUGUGAGUUCCCAGCCGGCCCUCACCUUUCCUGCUUUCGCCACCGUCUUCUCCUUCUUUGACAAUAUCACCAUAGCUGUGGAACAAAGUGCACCCAGGGGCACAGCUUGGACAAAUGGUUCUUCUGGCACUGUCCCUCCUCCAGUCACCGAAGCCAACACAGCUCAUAGAAACAACUGCCUGCAGGGCACAGAGUUCUUGGAGGAAGAGAACAUCCGGGUUGGGGUUCUGUUUGCUUCAAAGGCUUUGAUGCAACUUCUGGUCAACCCAUUCGUGGGACCUCUCACCAACAGGAUUGGAUAUCACAUCCCCAUGUUCGCUGGCUUUGUUAUCAUGUUUCUCUCCACUGUUAUGUUUGCUUUUUCUGCCACUUAUACCCUGCUGUUUGUGGCCCGAACCCUUCAAGGCAUCGGAUCUUCAUUUUCAUCUGUUGCAGGUCUUGGGAUGCUGGCCAGUGUCUACACUGAUGACUAUGAGAGAGGGCGAGCCAUGGGAAUUGCCCUGGGGGGCCUGGCUUUGGGAGUGCUGGUGGGCGCUCCCUUUGGAAGUGUGAUGUACGAGUUUGUUGGGAAGUCUGCUCCCUUCCUCAUCUUGGCCUUCCUGGCGCUGUUGGAUGGAGCGCUUCAACUUUGCAUCCUGAAGCCUUCCAAAGUCUCUCCUGAAAGUGCCAAAGGGACCCCACUGCUUAUGCUUCUCAAGGACCCUUAUAUCCUGGUGGCUGCAGGUUCCAUCUGCUUUGCCAACAUGGGAGUGGCCAUGCUGGAGCCCACCCUGCCCAUCUGGAUGAUGCAGACCAUGUGCUCCCCUGAGUGGCAGUUAGGUCUAGCUUUCUUGCCUGCCAGCGUGUCCUACCUCAUCGGCACCAACCUCUUUGGUGUGUUGGCCAACAAGAUGGGUCGGUGGCUGUGCUCCCUGGUGGGAAUGGUGGUCGUCGGUGCCAGCUUGCUGUGUGUUCCUCUGGCCCACAGUAUUUUUGGUCUCAUUGGCCCAAACGCAGGCCUUGGCUUUGCCAUAGGCAUGGUGGAUUCCUCUCUGAUGCCCAUCAUGGGGCACUUGGUGGACCUGCGCCACACCUCAGUGUACGGGAGUGUCUACGCCAUUGCCGACGUGGCCUUUUGUGUGGGCUUUGCCAUAGGCCCGUCCACCGGGGGUGCCAUCGUGAGGGCCAUCGGUUUCCCCUGGCUCAUGGUCAUCAUUGGGGUCAUCAACAUCAGCUAUGCUCCGCUCUGCUACUUCCUGCGGAGCCCCCCAGCCAAGGAGGAGAAGCUCGCUAUUCUGAGCCAGGACUGUCCCAUGGAGACCCGGACCUAUGCAACCCAGAAGCCCACCAAGGAAUUUCCCCUGGGGGAGAACAGCGAUGAGGAGCCUGACAGUGAGGAGUAGCAGAAGUGUCCCUGGGCCCUGUCACAGGUGAAUCCAGGAGGCUUGGGCUUCAGAAACCGCCUUUUCCCCUGGAGCCUGAUGGCGAUGUGCUGCUCCUUGGGCUUCUCUUUCUCUCCCCUGGGUGUUUCCUUUCGUACCCUCCCCUGGGUGCCAUGCAUACCUCUCCCUCUGUGCUUCAGUGCCACAGGUGUCCAGCUCUUGGGGGAGGACAGAGCAUCCGUGGGAUUGACUAAACUUGAGUUGUGAGAAGUUCUGGGAAGGGGUGACUCAUUUCCUGGAGGCAGCAGUGAGCAGUGUGCUCCUGAAACCAGAGGGGUGACUGACAAGCCGUGUUGUAUCUGU